AACAGAAAUUUAUCAAAUUAUGAAGAACUGUGGAAGUGCCCUUUUCUGGUAGCUGCUAUGCACUUAUUUUGGCUUCCUUUAUCCGCUAUCCACUAUCCAAAUAUUAAACGUUAAUCUUACUUUCAUUAAUUACAAUACCUGAAGUUGCAUAAUUAGAUUAGUGCACGUAGUUCAAGUGUCCAUAUAAAUGACUGUAAACCGUUUUAAAUCAAACACACUUUGUGUAUUGUCAAUAUCAUUAUUUGCUGUCGUUCAUAUUUAUUUCAAAGGAGAGCCUUUAAGUCACUGCGUGUUCUUACAUUUCGAGCCCCGAGGCGAGCCUGUCAUAUCUGUGAGAUAUCUGUCAAGUGCAGCGCGCGCCACUCAGCGCGUUUUUCCCGCCGCGGUGUAACCAAACGACGCGGCUUCAAAGGCGGUUAAAUCAAGAGCAGUACACUGAACUACUGCUCUUAUUGGGACAGAAUAUCUCACAGACCCGCGCGGAGAGGAUGCAUCGUCCUUUAGACCUGCAUACAAAUAAUGUUUCUACUUAAAAUAAGUGAACAACAUUAGGAUCUGUUAUUUGUGUUAUUUUGUGUUGUCUAUGGCUACAGGUGAACAUGGAAAUCACUGCUCGUGAUAAACUUGUUAAAUGUCUCCGGGUUUAUAGAAGUUAUAAUCGUUUUUUUCCCGAGUUUAUAGGAAUCCGCAUUGUGUAAAACGUUGCUUCCAGCAGAACCAGGGGAUUUUGUCUAAACUCAGUUUUGUUCAUUUAUAUUUUGAGGGGAACAGAAGCUGUACCGGACCUGUAAAAGCGUACCAGUGGACUACUGCACAAAGAAAACACGGAGAAAACGCUUAUCUAGCAGAAGAGAAGUAAUGACUGAAUAAAAAACAUUGGAAACCAGUAGGUGAGAUGCACUGACAGAGAUAAUUCACGUGAUUGUGGAGGCAAGAAAACAGCUGUCAGUCAGAGCGCGAGACCCCCUCCCCUCUACACGGCUCGCGCUGCGUGUGCACAGAGUGCGCAUGCCCGUCAAGAGCGAACCUCACGGACGAGGGAAAUUUAAAAAACGGUUGUUGUUGUUUUUUUCUUGCGGGACAACAAGUGCCCCGACCAAAAGUAGAGCUUUCCUCUGUCUCGUUAUCCAAGAUUUUCUAUACCUCAGGACAACUUCAGCAUUAACAGGAGAUGAUUGAAAGUGGAAUUACAACCAGGAUGUCAGGAAUUCACGAAAACCCUGUACAAAGCCACCACAUCUCUGCACAAGACUACAGACUCCUGACUACUGACCCUUCACAGCUAAAGGACGAGCUGCCUGGUGAUCUUCAGUCGCUGUCCUGGCUUACCUCUGUGGAUGUUCCCAGACUGCAGCAGAUAGGAUCUGGACGGCCUGAUUUUGCCAGUUCUGCCCAGAACAGCCUGCUGGAGCGGCAGACAGUCCAGCUGAAUAGUAUGACGGUCGCAGGAGGAGCAGGAUCUGUGAUUCAUCUACAGAGUGAAAUGCAGCACAGCCCUCUGGCCAUCAGUAGGAUGCCUCAGUUUUCCCCUGGGUUUCCGUGUGCCACAUCAGUGUACCAGACCGCCCCACAGCAAGUGCUCACUUUCACUCAGGCAAACCAACAGUGUUCUCCCGGUGGACUUUAUGGCAACUACAACAGCCAGAGUCUGUUUCCUCAACCCCGUAUUACUGCUCACAACCAGGACUUGCAGCCCAAGACUUUCCCUAAACCCAUCUACUCCUACAGCUGUCUGAUUGCCAUGGCUUUGAAAAACAGCAAAACAGGCAGCCUUCCUGUUAGUGAGAUCUACAGCUUUAUGAAAGAGCACUUCCCUUAUUUCAAGACAGCACCUGAUGGAUGGAAGAAUUCUGUACGCCACAACCUGUCCUUGAACAAGUGCUUUGAGAAGGUGGAGAACAAGAUGAGUGGUUCCUCCAGAAAGGGCUGUCUUUGGGCACUCAAUCCUGCAAAGAUUGACAAAAUGGAGGAAGAGAUGCAAAAAUGGAAGCGCAAAGAUCUUCCUGCCAUCCGUCGAAGCAUGGCCAAUCCAGAUGAAUUAGACAAACUCAUUACAGACAGACCGGAGAGCUGCAGAAAAAAGUCUAUUGAUACUGGCAUGACACGCUUGCCCAGCUGCCCACCAGGGCCGACUCUCCCAAUACCGGCUCAGAUGCAGCCCCAACCAGUGGUCACUCUUUCUCUACAGUGCCACCCUAUGCAUCAGCACUUGCAACUGCAGCUCCAGAAUCAGUCUCGCUUGGCUCCGGCCUCCCCUGCUCCUGCUCAGACACCCCCUUUCCACACCGUCCCUGACCUGACUAACAGCUCCCUCCCUCAGCAUCCUGCCAAGCAGCACAGCGACUUCUACACAGUUCACACUGACGUGAAUUCAGAGGUGGACACACUGGACCCAAGUAUUAUGGACUUCACCUGGCAAGAAAACCUCUGGGAGGACAUGAAGGAUGACAGCUUUAACCUGGAGACAUUAGGUACACUCAGUAACUCCCCACUUCGGCUGUCUGACUGUGACCUGGACACUGGCAAUGUCACGCCUGUGUCCAAUGCAGGAGGACUGUCUUACCCAGACCUGCAGAUGACAGGCCUCUACUCUUCAUACUCGGCUAUGGAUGCCCUUUCUAACCAGUAUAUGAACACACAAGGAGGAACAAAGCCUAUCGUUUUGCUUUAAUUGCACCUACAAGAAAUAAAGCAAGCUGAGCUUUACUUCCCAGGACCAUCUAUAAUGCUUUCAAUCCAAGCUUUCAAGUGUGUCAGACUCCAAAAAACAUACUGCAACAGAUUUCUCCCAAGGCAGCCAAAAAACAUCAGAAAGACAACAUAACGAUAUUCUGAACUAAAAUGAGUAGCAGUUAUGGUGAUGUCACAAUAUGCAAGGUGUCAUUUGCAUUGACUAUAUAAAUUGCAUUGGGUUUGAAUGGACCAAAUCAGCAAUUGUUUUUUUUUUUUUUUGAGAAUUUACAUGGUAAGAAAGUGGGAUUGA